CGCGCGGGUCCCCGAGCCGGGGGCAGCGUGGUACUGGGCCAGGUGGACAGCCGGCUGGCGCCCUACAUCAUCGACCUGCAGUCCAUGAACCAGUUCCGCCAAGACACGGGAUAAGGUAGCUGCCAAGAUGCUCCAUUUGCGAAGCCCACAGAUGCUGCAGAUGUUGGAGAAGUCCUUAAGGAAACACCUUCCUGAGUCCUUAAAGGUUUAUGGGACUGUCUUCCAUAUGAACCAGGGAAACCCAUUCAAACUCAAAGCUCUGGUGGACAAGUGGCCUGAUUUUAAUACAGUGAUGGUCCGUCCUCAGGAGCAGGAGAUGGCAGAUGACCUUGAUCACCAUACCAACACUUACCAGAUCUAUUCUAAGAAUCCUAAGAACUGUUUGGAAUUCCUUGGCACACCAGAGGCCAUCAACUGGAAACAACAUCUGCAGAUCCAAAGUUCACAGUCUAGCCUGAAUGAAGCUAUAAUGGGCCUUGCAGCUGCUAAGCUGGUCAAAGUCAAGAGAUCACAGUUCAUUCUCUAUAUGAUGCCUCAGACAGCAAAGAAACUGGUUCCUUUCCUGAUGGAGAAUGUAGAGAACUUACAUAAUAAACCUGGCAGACCCCGGGCCAUCAACCAAGAGAUGUUUAAACUCUCAUCACUAGAUGUUACCCAUGCUGCCUUGGUGGAUAAAUUCUGGCAUUUUGGUGGCAAUGAGAGAAGCCAGAGAUUCAUUGAGCGCUGUAUCCAGACCUUUCCUAGCUCAUGUCUUCUGGGACCUGAAGGAACCCCUGUGUCUUGGGCUCUGAUGGACCAAACUGGAGAAAUGCGAAUGGCGGGCACUGUGCCUGAUUACCGGGCACAAGGCCUCAUCUCCCACAUCAUUCAUACUCAGACUUUGGUUAUGGAUGAACUUGGCUACCCGGUAUAUAAUCAUACAGACAGAGCCAACAAAAUUAUACAGAAAAUGAGUCAUACUCUACAACAUGUCCCUAUGCCCUGUGACUGGAAUCAGUGGAAUUGUGUACCUCUGUAACUCUGAUGCUGAACACUUGGCUGUGUUGGGUAGGCUGUAAUAAGCUGGAGGAGUGGAUGGUGGACAUAGGUAAAACACACAUUGUAAUGAACAAUAAAGGAAUGGGCAUUGCUUGGCCUCUGGGGAAGCAGUAUGAAUGGCCAACAGUAUACCACAGUCCCUGCCCUCAUAAUAGCUUUCAGAUCCAGCAGAUGUAGCAUAGCCAGACCUGUCCACUGAGCUACUGGCUUUGUUCAGUUUUCUACAUUCUGGAUGUCAGUGACACUUCUAUUCAGCUGCACAUUACUAUCCUCAUGUGGCUUAUUGCCCAUGAUCAGAUGUGCACAUUACUAUCCUCAUGUGGCUUAUUGCCCAUGAUAUGGUGCUGACUUGUAAAUAGUGUAUGCUUUUCUCUCUCACUCUUUCCUUUGUUUAGGAGCUAGAGUAUGCCUCAUCAACAGGUACUUUGAAAUGAUUGCUUCACUGGUAGACCAUUGAUUUCUGUUUAAUAACCAUGCUAAAUACUGCAUGAAUAAAUAUAUGAUAGCAGUUGGAUAUGGUAUCUGGAAGACUAAUUUUUAAGAAAAUUUAAAUGUGUACAACCUGAGGCUUUGGGAAUAAAAAUAGAUAAUAAAAAUGUAUUCUAUAGUGAAACAAAUUCACAAAUCCAUCACCUCACAUAUUUACCAUAUUUUGAUUUGACAUUGAGUAGCUAAUCUCAUUUAGUAUGAAUCUCAUAUACACUUCAAUGGUACUAUGAUAUUAAUACUAUAAGUAGAUCUCUAGAUUUUCUUAGUAACAAGUCAGAAAUUUUGUAUUCCUCUGAUACCCAUAAUCUCUUUGUCACUUCAUCCCUAACCUUGGUAACUUGCAUUUUGUUCUCUAUUUCUGUGCUUUUAAAAAUUGUUUUAAAUUUCAUAUAUAAGUGAAUUUAUGUGUUAGCUUUUUUCUAUCUAGCUUAUCCCACCUGGUAUAUCACCCAAGCUCAUUCACUUUAUGGAAAAUGAUAAGAACUUGUUCUUGUAAAGGACAAUAUUAUUACAUUGUGAUAUGCAUUUUUUUUCAUGCCAGUGUUUCUUUAUCCAUUUGUCCAUCAGCAGACAUUUAGGUAUUUCCCUAUCUUGGCAAUUUAUGAAUAAUCGUAUAAAGAAUUUGCCUUUAUGAAGUAAAGACAGUGGUCUUCAUUGUACAUAUGUCCCAAAGAAGGAUUUAUAGAUAACAUAAUUCUGUUUUUUAAUUCUUUUAAAGUAUCCAUGCAGUUUCCCAUAAUGGCUGUGCCAAUCAAGAAUCUUACCAACUAUGCAGAACAGUUACCUCUUCCCAUAUCCGUGCCAACAGGUUUUUUUUCCUUUGAGAAUUGCAUUCAUAUAUACAAUAUAUAUUGACCAUAUCUGCCUCCACUGCUUCCAACUGCCUUUACCCCCACCCCAACACAUCUUCCUCCAAAGCAUCAAAGAAGUUAAGAGACUUGUCUGUGGGAAGAGGAGACUGUACACAUUCCUUGUCUUUUGACUGGCCACAUGUUUAAGUAAGUGGGCUGAAGAAGACAGAAGAAGAGGGGUCUGCUUCUAUAAUUGGGGUAAGGGAGGACCCCACUCCUUUCUUGUAGUUGGCCUUUGUGAUUUAUGGGAUCCACGGGUUUACCCUGUUGAUGGUAACAAUUCAGUGGAGCUUGUUUUGGAGAAAGUCAAGGUUAGUUACAAUGGCUUCAAAUCACAGGUGAUGGGAAUGAGAAUUAAUGUGCCAAGAAAAUGCAGAAUCCCAAUGGAAGACAGAGAAGAAUAUGUGCAGACUUGCACAGUGCCAGUCCAUUGACUGAAGGAACACACAAGCUCUUUUGACUCUCUGUGUAGGUAAUAGCUACUCAUGUCUCUGGUUCUCUAGUUGAGCAUCUUCUUUUUUUAUAUUAAGAAAUUUUUUUCAUUCAUUUUACACACCAAUCAAAGAUCCCCUCUUCCCUCCUCCCGCUCCCCCAGUCUUCCCCUCCCAACUCACUCCCCCACUGCCUCCCCACACACACACAAGAAGGCAAGGCCUCCCAUAGGGAGGCACAUUCAGUAGAGGCAAGUCCAAGUCCUUUUCCCUGCCUCAAGGCUUCAAGAGGUGUCCCAUCAUAGGUAGUGGGCUCCACAAAGCCCACUCAUGCAUCAGAGAUGGCGUCUGAUUCUACUGCCAGGUGACCCCCCAAGCAGAUCAAGCUACACAACUGUCUUGCUAUGCAAAGGGCCUAGUCCAGUCCCAUGUAGGCUCCACAGCCAUCGAUCCCACUUUCAUGAGUUCCCUUUUUGGUCGUCCCUGCAGGUUUCCCCAUCAUGAUCCUGAUGCACUCUUCUUUCCUUAGCAGAACUCAUGACUAGCUGGGAAAAUAGUACUGAUCCCAAGAACCCAGAGACUGUCAAACAUCCUUUCUUAGUUGUUUCACAUAGUAAAGUUGGGACUGAAAAUACCUUCUCAAUGAGCCUUGUCUGUUUUUAGAAAGGUGGAGCAAAUGUUAAUAUGUGUUGUCAAUUUAGAGCGAAAAGCCUCUGCCACCAAGAAAAUGUAAAUCAAAAUUACUUGAAAAUUCCUUCUCACUCUAGUCAACAUGGCUAUCUUUAAUAACUCAAACAGAAAAUGCUGGCAACAAUGAAGCAGAGAAGGAACCCUUAUAAACUACUGGUGGCAAUGUAAACUAGUUUAGCCACCAUAGAACUCAAUAUAGAUGUUUUUGGGAGAA